GCCGAGGAGGCCGCCGCGAUGCCGCUUUACGAGGGCCUGGGGAGCGGCGGCGAGAAGACGGCCGUGGUGAUCGACCUGGGCGCGGCCUUCACCAAAUGCGGCUUUGCUGGCGAAACGGGACCAAGGUGUGUGAUCCCUAGUGAAAUCAGGAAACCUGAUGUUUCAAAGCCUAUCAAGGUUGUUCAGUACAACAUAAAUACAGAAGAGUUGUAUUCGUACCUGAAGGAGUUCAUCCACAUGCUUUAUUUCAGGCACUUGCUGGUGAACCCCCGAGACCGCCGCGUCGUGAUUGUGGAGUCGGUGCUGUGCCCUUCUCAUUUCAGAGAGACUCUCACUAGAGUUCUCUUCAAGUAUUUUGAGGUUCCUUCUGUGCUCUUUGCUCCGAGCCACCUGAUGUCCCUCCUGACCCUUGGGAUUAAUUCUGCCCUGGUCUUAGAUUGCGGCUACACGGAGAGCCUGGUGCUGCCUAUCUACGAGGGGAUUCCAGUUCUGAACUGCUGGGGUGCCCUGCCCUUGGGCGGGAAAGCCAUUCACAAGGAGAUGGAAUCCCAGCUGCUGGAGCAGAGCACCGUGGAUACGGGAGCAGCCAAAGGACAGAGCCUUCCUUCUGUGAUGGGCGCUGUUCCUGAAGACAUCAUAGAAGACAUAAAAGUUCGCACUUGCUUUGUGAGUGACCUCCAGCGGGGGCUGAAAAUUCAGGCGGCGAAGUUCAACGUGGACGGCAGCGCAAAGCGUCCGACUCCCCCUCCGGAUGUUGACUACCCGCUGGAUGGAGAGAAGAUCUUGCAUGUGAACGGAGCCAUCAGGGAUUCCGUGGUGGAAAUACUCUUUGAGCAGGACAAUGAAGAGCAGUCGGUGGCCACUUUGAUCCUGGACUCGCUUCUACAGUGCCCGAUAGAUACCCGGAAGCAGCUAGCUGAGAACCUGGUGGUGAUCGGGGGCACAGCCAUGCUGCCGGGGUUCCUGCAUCGGCUGAUGGCUGAAAUCAGACACCUGGUGGAGAAGCCCAAGUACAAGGAGACGCUGGCCAGCAAGGCCUUCCGGGUGCACAGCCCGCCCGCCAAGCCCAAUUGUGUGGCAUGGCUGGGAGGAGCCAUUUUCGGAGCCCUCCAGGAUAUCCUCGGGAGCCGCUCAGUGUCGAAGGAGUACUACAACCAGAUGGGCCGCAUCCCCGACUGGUGCUGCCUCAAUAACCCUCCCCUGGAAAUGAUCUUCGACGUCGGGAAAACGCCGCCCCCGAUGAUGAAAAGAGCCUUUUCCACGGAGAAAUAG